AUGUCUUCUAUCCAGCACUCGAGUCCGGAUGGCGUCCGGGAAUCUUCACUCCAUGGCUCCGAUAUCGAAAAGAGAGCUUCCAGCGAGAAGCCGGUCCAUGAGAAUAUCGAGAGAUUAAGCACACGGGCUCUGCUGGCCUUUGUCGCGCUCUCGUUCCUCUGGACAGGAUCUCAAAUACCAAUCUACCUCUUUGGGGCCAUCCCGCCUUACAUCUAUGCCGAUAUUGGCGGCGCUGAUCGAUGGACUUGGAUCACACUUGCCAAUAUACUCGCCCUCGCUGCUGUCUGCCCAUUCGUAGGGUCACUCUCCGACCUCUUCGGCCGCCGCUACAUUGCCCUCUCGGGUGCAACAUUCAUCCUUGUCGGUAUGAUCGUCUGUUCGACUGCAAAGACCAUGAAUAUUGUCAUUGGUGGACAGGUGCUUGCAGGCAUCGGUGCGGGUAUCAACGAGCUUACUGCCCUGGCCGCCGCCUCGGAAAUGGCGCCCGUGUCCAAGAGAGGAAAAUACGUCGGCGUCCUCGUCUUCACCAUCACACCGUUCUGUCUGUCGGCGCUUUACGCGCAACUCAUUGCCGCCUACUCAUCAUGGCGAUACGUCGGCCUGCUGUGCGCCCUCUGGAACUUGGUGGGCCUGGUGAUGACUGCGUUGUUCUAUUUCCCGCCACCCCGAACCAACCCCAACGGCCUCAGUCGGCGUGAAAUUCUGGGCCAGAUCGAUUUUGUUGGUGGCUUCCUCAGCGUCUCUGGUUUGAUCCUGUUUAUGGCUGGAAUGCAAUGGGGUGGAUACACGUACCCGUGGACGUCUCCUCACGUCCUUGUUCCUCUCCUGCUGGGCGCUGUCCUCGUGAUCAUGUUCAUUAUCUGGGAGGGCUGGUUCGCCAAGAACCCCAUGUUCCCGAAGCGAAUCAACGAGAACCCAAGGGUCCUGGUCCUCACCCUGAUCAUUACCUGCAUCUCUGGCGCCAACUUCAUCAGCCUGAUUGCGUUCUGGCCGACCCAGGCAUUCAACGUGUACGGACACGACCCUGUGCAGGUCGGAAUCCGCGCCAUCCCCAUUGGCCUGUCGUUGAUGACGGGCGCGGUCAUCGGUCUCUUCCUCUUGUCCAUCUUCAAGGGAGCCAACAGGACCAUCAUGAUCGUCUCCUCGGUCUGCAUGACGGCUGGCUGCGGUGCCAUGGCCAUCGGCCGCGUCGAUAACAUGUACCAGCUGUGGGGCAUUCUUGUUCUGGCCGGGCUGGGUAUCGGCGGCAUCGUCGUCCCCGCCAGCAUCAUCACCAUGAUCGUCUGCCCCGACGACCUGAUUGCGACCGUGGCUGCUCUGACGCUCAGUAUCCGCGUCAUUGGCGGCAGCAUCGGCUAUUCCAUCUACUACAACAUCUUCAUCAACAAAUUUGUGCCCUACGCGACCGAGUACAUUGGUGGAACCCUGUUCCAGGCCGGCAUCACCUCGACGGCCGUCAUCACCGAGGUCAUUGAGCUGACGGGUGCAGCCUUACCAGCCGAGAUUGCGUUGAUCCCAGGGAUCGCGGGCAAUACGACCUUGUAUAACGAAGUCAUCUACGCUGGCCAAGUGGCGUAUGCUGCAUCGUACAGAUAUGUCUAUUUGGCUAGUAUUGCUUUUGGCUGCAUCUCGAUCGUCUGCUCGUUGUUCUUGGGCGAUAUCGGCGCGUACAUGGAUGAUCAUGUUGCUGUGCACAUGUGA